CAUUAUCCAGACUUCUUUUCCUCCGCCCUGCUGACAUGGGAGGGCCAGACCCAGGCAAAUCCGACCGCGAUAAAUUCUGGAAGCGGAAACAAACGCUGAUAAACAAAGCAUAUGAGAUGGUGGAGUUAUGCCAUGCCAAUGUCUACCUAAUCAUAGAGCAUCCCAGAGGUACCACUAUAUUCAACUCGGUGGACAACAAUUCUUGGCCACCGCCAGUAGGAAGUUCGCAGGAUCAAUACACCCUGCCAUUGAAUGAGACGUCCUUCACACGAAUCCAGAAUGAACGUCUAAGGGAUGAGCUAAUGCAAUGGUAUCAGUUCAUCCAAUACCGAGCCGAGCUGAGGCAACCGUCUUUGGAAUCACAGAC